CUCACGCGACACGCGGUCCUCGCCUGUCCGUUCACAGCCGCUCCGCAGCCAUCUCGUCUCUUCAUCUCGCCGCCUGACCCUCGCCAUGUCCGGCACCUUUUUCGACCCGGUCUCCUUCGUGACCGACCUGCUGGCCGGAGGCAUAGCGGCUGCCAUUUCCAAGACGGCGGUGGCGCCCAUCGAGCGGGUUAAACUGCUGCUGCAGGUGCAGGCGUCGAGCAAGCAGAUCCGCGUCGACCAGCAGUACAAGGGCAUCGUGGACUGUGUGAUCAGGAUACCCCGCGAGCAGGGUUUUCUCAGCUUUUGGCGUGGAAACUUAGCGAAUGUGAUUAGAUAUUUCCCAACUCAGGCUCUCAACUUUGCUUUCAAAGACAAAUACAAGCAAAUAUUUAUGUCAGGAAUUGACAAGAAAACACAGUUUGGAAAAUGGUUUCUAGCAAAUUUAGCUUCAGGAGGAGCUGCAGGUGCAACUUCCCUAUGUUUUGUAUAUCCCUUGGACUUUGCACGAACACGUUUAGCUGCUGAUGUCGGCAAAGGCAAUGAAGAACGUCAGUUUAAAGGUCUUGCGGAUUGCCUUGCCAAAAUUGGAAAGCGGGAUGGGAUUCAGGGACUUUAUCAGGGAUUUGCUGUUUCGGUGAAUGGCAUCAUAGUAUAUCGAGCUUCUUAUUUUGGAUGCUAUGAUACAAUCAAGGGUAUUUUGCCAAACCCAAAGAGCACGCCAUUCUAUGUAUCGUUUUUGAUUGCCCAGGGUGUGACCUCAUUUUCUGGGAUAUUGUCUUACCCAUUUGAUACUGUUAGAAGACGCUUGAUGAUGCAGAGUGGUGAAAAAGAGCGGCAGUACAGUGGAACGGUUGACUGCUUUCAAAAGAUCUAUCGAAUUGAGGGAAUGGGUGCUUUCUUUAGAGGAGCCUUUUCAAAUGUACUGCGUGGGACUGGUGGUGCAUUAGUACUUGUGUUCUAUGAUGAAAUUAAGACACUGAUAAGCACCUAAGGAAAAAUAACAUUGAUUUAUUGAUAAUUCAAGUGUGUUUGUUAAAUAUUGCUGUACAUUCAUAUGCAGGAAUUGUCCUCUUAGGGGAACUUAACAAUUUUAUAACUAGAAGCAAAAUCAAUUAAAAAACUUUACUUUUUUUUAAGACAA